AUGGCGAGCGAGCCUUUGGCCACAUGCUCGCGAGUGGAGCUCGACGCUGGGACCUGGGCCCUCAGGCUGCGGCUUUCUUGCGAGCACCCGGCCCGGCUGCAGCGUAGCCCUACCCGGAUCCACAUUGUCCUGGACAACAGCGCCAGCAUGCGAGGCAACACCCGCUCUGAGUGCUUCUCCGAGCUGGUCUCCCUGGCCACGCUCCCUUGCUCCCUGACGGUCUUCGCCAACGAGGCCACACUCCUCGGAAGCUUUGCGACCCCCGUGGAAAUGCAGAAGGCUGCGCUUCCGCAUCGCGACGGCAAGACCAGCGAGGCCGAAAGCGAGACUCACCACGUCUUGGUCCUCCUGAGCGAUGGUGCACACAACGAGGGACCUCGUCCCUCUUCUGGGGUCCCUGUUUUGGGAGAGACCUUACACCGGGAUCUCCCGAAUCUUAGGCUCUCCGUGGUGGUGGUGGGAGUCACCGGUUCUUCCGACACCUCCAUGGGCAUGCUGUUAAAGCGCAGCCUAGAGACCGUCGCCUUGGAUUUGCAGCCAAUUUACUUCGCCCCAGAUGCCGCGAAGAUGAAGGAGGUGCUUGGGGAGCUCACAGAAACCAUGGCCUCCUUGAGUGGCAGCCUGCUGCGCGCCUCCUUUCCUCCCGGCAUCGGCUUCGUCCAGGCAGGGCAGCAGGGUCUCUUAUCGGUGCAUUAUGCCCCGGUAUACAUCCUCUUGAAAUCGAACCUGUCCGACUUAAAGGCCGCCGUUGGCAAGGAUCCCGUGCCGGAAGUGACUUUCAUGGCCCGCCCAGAGCAGUACUUUGUGGUGAAGGCAGAGGCCCCGUGGCAGGAGCUUUGCAUCGAGGGCAUGGAGGUGCCCUGCGUCACGACCAGCGAUGUCGAGCUGGCCUGCGAUGCUCUCCAGCCUUUGCUGGCGCGUGCGCGCGUCGCCCGGGUGGCGGGGGAGGACGUGGCCACGGCCGUGCAGCAGCUGGGCAAGUGGGUAACAGCGAUCGAGAAGUGCGAGACCCUUCGGGGAAGCGAGGGCUUUUGCUUGGUCGGUGCGUCUCCUCAGCAGCGCCUGGCGCAGUUCAAGAAGGUGAAGGGUCUGGUGCAGAGCGUCCGUGAGCUGCGGAAUCGCCUGGCAGAGCUGGAGGCCUUCAAGGGCUCCAACUCCGCAGAGCAGGCCGCCUUCCUCACGGGGAAGUCCUCCAAGUAUGGGGCCAAGGCUCUCCUCCGCGCCAACGCAGUGAGCUUCUCGGAUCUUGUGGAGGAUGUGGAGAAGACGGGCGCCAAGGUGCGGCUGGCCCUCCGCGAGGACCUGCGUGCCAAGCUAUCCCAGCUGUCGGAGCCCGCCCGCAAGAGCUUGCAGACGGCUUUGGGCGAGGACGCGGCCCGUGCGCUGUGUCACGGAGAAGUGACCUCGGCCACGGACGCCUUGCUGGACAGCGACAAGGUCGCCGAGGUCUUGCAGAGCCUGGGCAUCGGACAUGGUCGUCAGUCCUACCUGUCCUUAAGUUCAUCCUGGCAGCACUUGGCUGAGUGGUGCUCGGCCGACGCCCGUUCAUGUCACUCGGAGUACGAGCUACUGAUGUUCGUGGGCAUCUUGGGCUACCCUGUAGAUGUGCAGAGGCGGGCAGCCACGCAGAUGGACCCGUACGCGAUGAAGAUUCGAAAGAUGCACAAGUCCUUGGCGGACACCGCAUCCCUGUGUUGCGGUCUUCGUAGUGAGCAGGUUCUGGUGCCCCCGGAAGGCGGGAAGCCGAUCGAGGACCUCCUGGUGCUCGUGGAUCCGGAUUUCCCCAAAGCCAGCCGCCUCAUCGCGAACAGCCUCUUGCUGCGCUGCUACACCUCGGUCGUCCUGUGCCGCGACUUGCACAUGUACCUGGGCAAUCAGAUGCGCGUUGCUCUUCACGCCCACGCCUUACUGGCAACUGCAGAGCUCCCAGGCGGCCGGAAGGAUGAGAUCGUGGAAGAGCUGAGGCGUUUGCACCUGGGCCACUCGUAUCAGUGCGGCAGCUGCGGCUUCGGACCGGUGUCGCACACCAACUGUUACGAUCUGGCUGCACACCACGGUGAGGCCGGUGAAGGCGGCGGCCGUGUGAACAACGCCUGCCCGAGCUGCGGCUGGUUCUCUGAGGAGCUGGAGGACUGGGAUGCCUGGGACGGCACAGUCCCGGACUCCGCGCUCCCGGCGGAGACUGCGCAGGCGCCCAUCACGGAGGCCAGCAUCAUCAGCCGCCUCCACAUCUGCUACUCCGCCAGGAAGAUCUGGGGCUUCGAGGAGCGCAAGGAACUCUGCAAGAAGAUGGAGAUGCGGGAGGAUCUCACCACGGCCGAUGGCGUGGAGCACCCGGUCAAGGUCUUGCUGGCCCUUGCCUCGACCGAUCUCCCUGAGGGCUGCUUGGACCCCGUGCCCAUCCGGAACCUCUUGAACGAGGUCUGCGCCCGCAAGGCACAUGCCGAGAUGAAGGGCGGUUUAGAUGCAAGCGCCCUCGCCCGGCGAAUCCUCAGCAUCACCCCCGACUCCGCACCUGAGUGCCGCCCUCUCGGGGAGUCGGAGCCCCGUCUGGCAGCUGUGGAGGAGGAGUGCCGUGCGGACUACAGCCUUGAUUCCAGCUUUGACUUCGGGGCCUGGGUCUGGGAGGAGGUGGAGCCCUACAUUGCAAUGCUCAGCUUUGUCGAUCGUCUCCAGGCCUGCUUGACACAGCGUGGGGGCCACGGGGGCCACGGGGCCUGGGAGAGUCUGGAGCAGGACAUGGAGAAAGGGCCGGCCGCCUAUGCCGACGUGGUCGCUUUCUUGAAGGAUUCUUUGAAGGACUUGAACACAAGUUUGGGAAGCCUCGGAAGCUUGGGGAGCCUGGGGGAGGGGCUGCAGCUGCAGCGCACGCUGGCCACCAUGGUGGUCCAGGCCUUGCGUCACGACAGCUCCCAGAGCCGCCGCGCCAAGGACGUGGGCGGAAACCUCGAGGAGCCCUUGGGGGACGUCACGGAUGGGAACACCCUGCGCCUCUUGGCCGUCAGGGAGCGCAUGGAUAUCUACCAGGCCCAGGUGAGGGAGAAGAUCUUGAGGUGGAGCGGGGAGGGCGCCGACAUCACCUACACUCGCGCCACCGUGGCAGACUUGGCCCAGUUCCAGCACCUCUGCUCCUCCCACCUGCACUCCUUGCCCAAGGCCACUUUCUGGGGGCUUUGGCGGGCUGCGGUUGCGGACGGCGGGCGUGAUGGGGAGAAGGUCCUGACCUUUCUCUCCAAGGCCAACCAGGACUUCUGCAAUAAGUACCGCCACCCGCGAUAA